AUGGCUGACAUCGCCAGCGCGACUCAUUUGAGGAUUGACUCUACAACCUUUGAUCUCGCGGAAGAGACUAGGUUUGCAGUUGACGGUCAAAAGCAGUCGUUACGAGUAGUCUUUCAGGCGUGGGAGCAUGUGGACUCGUCAGCCGCGGACUAUAUCAGCGACUGCGAGGCAAAGGGCAUUCCGACGUUGACAUUUUUGCACCGAACGGAUUUGACCACGUGGCUCAGCGGAUCGGCUGACCAGUCACAGUUCAUUGAGGAGCCUAAAGAGGCGCGCAAAGCGGACGCGGCAGAGGAGCGCGCAGCGAAACGUGCGCGUGCGGACCCGUUCUUAGAGGAGAUUGUGAGCAACGAGCGCGAUUUGAUCGACCACAACUCAUUCCUCCGUGGCGUGAAGCAGAUCGAUUUCAGCUACGUCGCGCGCGAGUGCGAAAUCAAGCUUGUUAACGUGUUGAAGAAGAAGACCGCGGCACCUGUCAAGUCUGUGGCAGCCGUUACCAAGAACAAAAACCCGAUCAUCAUUAUCUCUCCGUCGCCAUCGGCGCUUUUGACCAUGGCCAACAUCAAGGAGUUUUUGGAAAAUGGUGACUUUGUGGACCCCGCGAACUUGUCCUCUAGCGGUGGCAACGCGCUACUCAAGGUAUCGCGCACGUCCGCAAAGUUAGGCGGAACCGUCAACUUUCUCGUGGUGGAAAACGUCGCUCAGUUGACCAAGCCAGAGUAUUGGGACAGGGUCGUUGGGAUUUUCACCACUGGCCAGGCAUGGCAGUUUAAGCAGUAUCCUGAUGGGAGUAACCCCCACAAGUUGUUUAGACGCAUCAAGGGCUUCUACGUUGGGUUUUCGGGUGAUGCCGUGCCGAAGUCCGUCACUGACUGGAACGUGGAAUUGGUUGAAGUGGACAGAAACAGACGCUUCAGAGACAGACAGGUGGUCGAAGGUUUCUGGGACGCUUUGGAGAAGGGCAUGUUGGCCCGCGGCAUGGGCAAGUAG